CCAGUCCGCCAGCCGCCCCCUCGCUCUCAGACGCCGCGACUCCUCUCUCUCUUCCUCCACUCCCGGCAGCCGCCAGACGCGCCGACGACGCCCGCCGGGGCGCCGCCCGCCCACCUGGCGCCCGUCCCUCCGUUUCCAACUCCAGGCGAGCCUCCUGUGCUCCUUCCCCCCGACGCGUCACUCCACAGGCUUCAAGAAGUCGUUGGGGACGAAGGGAGCCGGACGAGCGAGCGAACAACUAGAUGGAGGCGGUAGUGCGGAAGGUGCAGCAGCGGGUCAGGAAGGCGCGGGAGGAGAUGGACCUGUGGGACGACCUCAACUCCCGCCUCCUCACUAACUUCAACAGGGCCACAUCGGUCAUCGAUCGCCUUCCGGUGCUUGGAGAGGACAAGAAUUAUGGUGCCUUGCGUGGUGUGGCUAACAUCCAAGAGGACCUCAUGGGGAAGCAGAUAGAGAGUCUCGAACUCAUCUUCGUUUCUAUGAGGGAGACACUGGAGAAGUUCAAUGGCAUUGUGAAAGCUCUAAAUAAGGCUCUGCGUGAUACCAACCAGAUGGUGAGAGGUGGGUCGGCACUCACAGCGAAACAGAUGCAGUUACAAGUGGGAAUUUUGCCAACUAUUGCAGAAUGCUUGGAUGGGCUUCGAACAUUAUGCGAGAUGCACCAGGCUGAGUUUGCACUAAAAUCAUCCAUUAUCUCCUUGUUGACAUGGAAGAGCAGUUCCAGUGACAUUGUUGUACUCCGGCAACUCUUAGUAGACCAGCCAAACAUACCAAAAGACGAAGUUCAAUCCAUAUUUGAUGUUAUAUUUGCAGAUGAAAUUUGUUAACCAGCUCGUAUUUGAAUUGUUGAAGCCUUGGGCCCUAUGUUCUUAUCUAGCUGCCCACCCAAAUGAUGCCUCACUCAGUCUGAAACUCCAUUUUCGAUGAACCUAAUUGUUGAAGCAGUGCAACCAAGCCAUGUCUUUUUGCAGCAGCAACAGUGAUUGAAGACCUGGAAGCGGUGUCUUUGUUUCCAGCAAACAGUGGUUGAAGACUUGGAGCUGCCAUCGAUAACUUCUAAAGCAUAGGAAGCCAAUCUACAUUGUAGUUUAUACCAUAUUGCAAAUGACCUUUAUGCCUCUUGGUAUAGUGCCGCAUCUCAGGAUCUCAGCAAUAUACAGUGAUAAUCUGGUAGACCUACUGCAGUUACAAACACAUGUGGAAUAGUUGCCUAAAAUUUGCAUACGGGCACUGACCAAGGACAGCAUAAUUUUCUUUGUUGCAUUGGGAAUGUUCGCAGUGCCAAUGUAAUGCACCUCUGUUUGAAAGGCACAUUGGAUUUUUCUGUGAAGUUGAUCAUACCCUGAGAGAAGGAGAAUUAACUCGAGCAGACAUUUAUUAGC